AUGUUCUUCCAUCUGGGGACCAAGCAUGAUGGAUCGCGCAUUGAUAUUUACCGAGACACUCCAGUACGGCUACUGGGAUAUGCCAACGAGCUGGGAGAGUCCUUCAAGUACCUUAUCACAAGGCCUGUGUAUCUCAGCACAUACGGCAUCGCCGUAGCAUAUGUGCUUGCCGACACCUUGGACAAGACCAAGCGAACUGAGCGGAAGGCGCAGCAGUGGAGGGUCGCCGUCGACACAUUGGGGUGGCAGAUGCUGGCUAGUGUUGCCGUUCCUGGUAUGGUCAUCAACAGGGUGGUGUGGGCCACGAGGAAAGUCAUGCAGGAGAAGAAACUGACCAGUACCCUUUCCCGGCCUGGACUGACAACUUAUGCGGGUGUGUUUAGAUAA